AUGAUCACUGUCAAGGGAAACCCUUAUGUAGCUAUUUGGCCUUCCUGGAUAGAGCAGAUAGCAAUAUCUAAUAAUAAGGGCAGGCUUUUAAUCACGGGUCGCCUAAUAUCUUUGCAGAUGUUGUUUGCUAUUGAGAAGUCUGUUGGCGCCCCCAUGAACAUGACAGAUGGGUUCAAUUACUACAGUUUCGACAUCAUGGGUGAUGUUGCGUUUGGAAAAUCUUUUAAUAUGCUGAUUGAUGGGAAGGAGGCCUACAUCCUGAAACAGUUGCACAUGGAUAUGCAAAGUGUCGGACUUUUUAGCCAUCUGUCAUGGCUGUUUCCGUUCUUCAAGCGAACCCCCAGGUUAAACGCGGACUACCUUCGAUUCUGGAAAUCCAUUGGCGAGCAAGUGAAUGAACGAGUCAAGAACACACCAGACCAUCCAGACGUAUUCUCUUGGCUUCUUGAUGCAUUCCAGCGUGGCGCGAAGACUAAGCAGAACCAAGCUGAUAUAUAUGGUGAUGCCUAUCUCAUUAUCGUUGCUGGAAGUGAUACAACUGCAGCAACAUUGACCAACAUGUUCUUCCAUAUUGGCAGCGAGCCUAGAUUGCAGGAAGAGCUCCAGGCAGAACUUGACGCACUGCCGGCACUGUCCAAUAAUAAUUUGGUAGGCGUCAAGUUGCUGGAUGCUAUAGUCAAUGAAACUUUGCGUCUACAUCCUGCUGUACCUUCGGGCACUCAACGUGUGACGCCUCCAGAGGGUAUUUUUAUUGGCAAUCGGCAUAUUCCCGGAGACGUGAUGGUUUGCAUUCCAUCGCAUACGAUGUUCCGAGAUAACCGCGUCUUUGAGCGACCUCAAGAAUUCUUGCCUGAGAGGUGGACCACACAGCCAGAGUUGGUCAAGGACCCUGCUGCCUUUAUUCCAUUUAAUGCCGGCCCGUAUGCCUGUGUCGGAAAGCAACUUGCUCUAAUGGAGCUUCGUCGUGUCGCUGCCGAGGUCUUCCUAAGAUAUGAUGUGUCUUUUGCCCCGGGACAGACUGUGUCUGGUUUCAUUGAAGCUAAGAAGGAUACCUUUACCUUGGUGACUGGGUCACUCAGUCUCAUUUUCACCCGGAGGAAAGAUGGUAGCACAGCCUAA